ACCACUCCUAUGAAGGAACCAAAAGAAGGAAUUUGCCGAUCAGAUGAACAUUUGACUUAACAUUUUAUCAUCUACAAACGUAACCAGGAGUAGACAGCAAAUGGAGAUGCCGGAUUAUAUUAAUCAGCAACCGAGUCAUGAACAGAAAUGCAGCAGCAAUACGGAUCGAACAGAGACAAGAAUCCUUCAGGUGCUUUUCCUCAGCUUUGGUGUGCUGUGCAUGGUACAAGCUAUUCUCAAUGUGUCUUUACGUCUCACCUUGCACUCCAACCAAGUAUCGACUGCCUCUCUCUGCAACACUACUACUUUAGGUGUCCAAAACCAGAAAGAGGAGGGGAACAUUGACUCUGAGAGAAAGAACACUCUCUGCAAUAGCUUACAAAAACGUGUCAAUGACCUGACUGGAGUCAAAAACCUGCUUGAAAACAAAAUCAGUGAACUCAACAACAAGAUAAAGAGAUUAGAGGAGGAGAAGGACAGACUGAGCGCGCUGAGUGGUUGUGGGUCCUCCUCUAAACGGUGUCCUGCAAACUGGAUUGAGAUGAACAGGAGAUGUUACUUUAUGUCCAGUGAACGUAGGACAUGGGACGACAGCAGGACAGACUGUCAGAUUAAAGGGGCUGACCUGGUGGUGAUCAACAGUGAACUGGAACAGAACGCCUUGUACCGUUUGUAUGGGGAUCCAUUGCUCUUAUUCUGGAUUGGUCUGCGUAACACUGAUAGGACCUUCAGAUGGGUGGAUGGAUCGGCUCUGAAUAAACUAUUUUGGCAGCCUGGCCAGCCAGAUUCUGUCGGUUUUCUCAACAGAGAAGACUGUGUGGAGAUGAAUCUCCGGGACCCGGUGGAGGCCAGCUGGAAUGAUGCCCCUUGUGGACAGCACCGGCGCUGGUUGUGUGAGAAAGAUCCACGUGUCUGCUGAAAAAGAUGAUACCAUGUGUAUGUAUAUGUAAAUUACUUGAUGCACAUUAAAGAAAUCUGAAUAAAAAACUGAUUUUAAACGACUAUCCACAA